AUGGAGGCGGCGGCGGCGGCGCGGGAGGGCGGGCAAGCGGAAGGGCUGGGGAUGCGAGGCAGCGUGGUGGUGGUUAUAUAUGCGGGGGCGCGGGCCUGGCUCCUUGCUGGGCUGCGGUACGAGUGGGCUGGGGAAGGAUCACCAAUGGCAAUGGCGUCCCUGCUCGCGGCGCUCCUGACCGGCUGCGUCCUCCUCGCCGUGCCGGCGCAGCGGUGGGCCGUGACGGCGGCGGACCACGUCGUCGGGGGCUCGAUCUGGUCCAUCCCCACGAGCAGCGACCACUACCGAAAUUGGGCGGGCAACAGUACCAUCGUCUCCGGCGACAACCUCGUGUUCAUGUUCGACGUGGGGAUGUACGACGUGGUGGAGGUGGGGCGGUGGGAGUACGACCGCUGCUCGGCGGAGGACCCCUACACCGACACCUUGAAGAGCAGCCCCGCCGUGUUCCACAUCGACUUCGCCGACGUGAAAUAUUACGUCUGCACCAUCGGCAACUACUGCUCCCUCGGCGUCAAGAUGUACGUCAUCGUCCAGUGAAGCCGACCACAAAACCUCUCGGCUCUGCAACGUGUGCAGUAAUAACCUCCCUUUCAACUGCUGCUACCAUGUCCUAGUAUGUUAUUCCAAUAAUGAACUCGGGCUUAGAUUCUAGUACAAUAAUGGAAAUUGAUAUGAACAAUGUGUACGAUGAUGACAGCCAGAACACAUGUUUAUGUUUAAAAACCACAAACAUACUUUGCAAAAUUGCCGACGGUUCUAAUAAGUAGACAAACGUAUUCAGACAGACAGCGUGCGUUAGUUCUCACGAACAGAUUGCUUUUAUACUGAAGUAUCACACUACAUCAGAAGUAGCCAGAUAGCAUUUUUCGAAAACACAUGGUAGGAUACAGUCCCGGCGCCAUAGGGGCAAAAAUCACCUUCAUCGAUAACACCACCAACAAAAC